CUGAAGCGCGUUGUCCCAGAUGAAGGGCACCGUAACUUUUCCCUUUUUCGCAUCUCUCGUCUCGGUGCGACUUCAAACUCCGGCUGGCGGUCUCUCCGGUUGAGCGAAUCGACUGCCACCCUCUCUUUCCCUUUACUUAGCUGGCUUUGGCCCUGAAACGUAGCUCACUCCUUGCUUCGAUAUUCUCGCCGAUCGGGGUUCCGGGAGACGUCAUAUUCGACUUUCGCCUCGACUUUCGUCCGAACCGAGACCCGCCAAUCGCCGCCGCAGAACGGUAAAGAUUCAGUAUCCACUUUCGUCCGGAACCGCGAGUUAAAUCCUCAUCCUCUGAAUCUCUCUGAUAUGACAUCUCGCUACGUCGGUUUGAGGAUAUAAUAUCUGUGCCAAUGGGGCCGCCCGAUUUCAGCGACGGCCUGCAGCAGGCGCAAAAGGUCAUGUUCGAGACUGGGUCCUUCACCGGCUACCGUCCCGCCGUCGCCGAGCUUGGUAGCGGCUAUCUCAGUGCGGCGCGCGUCUUCAAACAGCCACUAUGUGGAAACGAGGAGGGAUGGGGUCCGCUCAGUCCGUUUCGAUAUGAUUUCACUCCGUGCUUUAUCGAUGUCUGGGUGGCUUCGGUGGCGGCGUUUGGUACUCUCGUGGGCGCCAUUGCCGUCUGGUGGCUUCUGAAGAAAAAGCAACCCACGCCGAUAUCAAAGGAUUGGCCUUUUUGGACCAAGCAGACCCUGCUCGGCCUCAUCAUCGCCGAUGUUGCGGUGCAGCUCGCCUUUCAGAUCAUCAGCUACCGCGACAUCUGGUACGGCGAUUUCAGGGUUUACACCACCGCGGCUACGAUCCUCUCCCUCUUCGUCGUUUUCACGAUCCAGUGGCUUGAGCAUGCACGGUUGCGGAACGCGAACGGCGUCGUCCUCUUCUAUUGGCUCUUCCUCCUCGUUGCACUCGCCGUCAAGCUCCGGUCCCUCAUCUCUCAACAGAUUUAUGCCACGAGCCUGCCAUACUUCGUUACGUAUUGCGUCGGGUUCGGAUUGUCCGUUGUCGAAUUCUUCUUUGAGUGGCUAUGGCCGAAGACGAAGAGUACAUACGAGGCCCUGGUGGACGAGGAAGAAUGCCCCGUCGAGUACGCCACUGUCUUCUCGCUCCUCACCUUCUCCUGGAUGACGCCCAUGAUGAAGUAUGGCUACUCCACAUUUCUGACUGAGGAGGAUCUCUGGGCCUUGUCCAAGAAGGAUACCACAAAGUCGACUGGGGGCGCGUUCGAAAAGGCGUGGCAGCGUGAGCUAAAUCAUCGGCGGCACCCCUCGCUCUGGCGCGCCCUUUUCCGCGCUUACGGCGGCCCGUACAUGCUCGCCGCAGUCUUCAAGGUCGGCAACGACGUUUCCCAAUUUACACAGCCGCAGCUCCUGAAGUUCCUGAUUGCCUUUAUCGCCUCGUACCGCCGGGGAAACGAGCCGGAGCCCGUUAUCAAGGGCGCUGCUAUCGCUCUGGCAAUGUUCGCCGUCGCGGUCUUCCAGACAACCAUGAUUCAUCAGUACUUCCAACUGGCCUUCGUAACAGGCAUGAGGAUCAAGGGCGGCCUGACUUCCUCCAUUUACAAGAAGGCGCUGAAGCUCUCCAACGAGGGCCGGUCGUCGAAAACCACGGGAGACAUCGUGAACUAUAUGGCCGUCGAUGCCCAGCGGCUUCAGGACCUCACCCAGUUUGCGCAGCAGGUUUGGUCCGCCCCGUUCCAGAUCAUCAUCUGCAUGAUUUCGCUCUACCAACUCGUCGGGUGGUCCAUGCUGGCGGGAAUCGGCGUCAUGAUCAUCAUGAUUCCCGUCAACGGUCUGAUUGCCCGCAUCAUGAAGAACCUGCAGAAGCAGCAGAUGAAGAACAAGGAUGCCCGGAGCCGCCUGAUUGCCGAGAUCGUCAAUAACAUGAAGAGCAUCAAACUCUAUGCUUGGGGCGCCGCCUUUAUGAACAAGCUGAACUACAUCAGAAAUGACCAGGAACUGAAGAACCUGCGCAAGAUUGGUGCUGGUCAGGCAUUCGCCAACUUCACUUGGUCAAGCACUCCGUUUCUCGUCUCCUGCUCGACCUUUGCCGUUUUCGUGCUGACCAACGACCGCCCCCUGACGACCGAGAUUGUCUUUCCUGCUUUAGCCCUGUUCAACCUCCUCACCUUUCCUCUGGCGGUUCUCCCGAUGGUCAUUACCUCAGUCAUUGAGGCUAGUGUCGCCGUUGGCCGUCUCACUUCCUACUUGACGGCCGAGGAGAUCCAACCCGAGGCUAUCGUCGUGAAGCCAGCUGUCGAGAUGAUAGGGGAAGAAUCGGUGCUGAUUCGCGACGGCAACUUCUCUUGGAACCGCCAUGAAAACAAGACUGUGUUGAAGGACAUUAACUUCAGUGCCCACAAGGGUGAUUUGUCCUGCAUUGUUGGCCGUGUCGGGGCGGGCAAGAGCUCCUUUCUGCAGAGCAUACUCGGAGACCUCUGGAAAGUCAAAGGCGUGGUCGAGGUCCACGGAACGGUUGCCUACGUCAGCCAAUCGCCUUGGAUCAUGAACGCUACUGUCAAGGAGAACAUCAUCUUUGGCUACCGAUAUGACUCGAAUUUCUAUGAGAAGACUGUUAAGGCUUGCGCUCUACUGGACGACUUUGCCCAGCUCCCGGACGGCGACGAGACGGUUGUGGGAGAGCGUGGCAUCUCGCUCAGUGGCGGUCAGAAGGCACGUGUUGCCCUGGCAAGAGCCGUCUAUGCCAGAGCCGAUGUCUAUCUCUUGGACGACUGCCUGUCUGCUGUCGACUCCCACGUCGGACGUCACAUCAUCGACAACGUUCUUGGUCCGAAAGGUCUGCUCAAGACGAAGACGAGGAUUCUGGCCACUAAUUCGAUUCCCGUUCUUGUCGAGUCAGACUACAUCUGCAUGCUCAAGGACGGCGAGAUUACCGAGAGGGGCACCUACCGGCAACUCCUGGCCAUGAAGGGCGCCGUCUUCGACCUGAUCAAGUCGACCGGAAAGAACGACUCGGGUCAGAAUUCCUCCACCGGAUCUCCCACCGACAGCGACACCGAAACCUCCACGGUCAUCGAGGCGGGGAGCGGCAGUCAGGAGAAGGAGGAUAUGGAGGAGGCUCAGGAAGGAUUGGGUGCGCUUCAGUCCAUCAAGCCCGGCCCCGCCAGCUCGUCUUACCAAAGGCAGAAGCCGCGGAGCGGAAGCAUGGCUACCUUGCGGCGGGCCAGUGCUGCCAGCUUCAGCGGUCCUCGGGGCAAGCUCCACGACGAGGAGAAUCCGAGCAAGACGAGACAGGCCAAGGAGCACGUGGAACAGGGCAAGGUGAAGUGGUCAGUGUACAUGGAAUACGCCAAGACGAACAACCUUGCGGCCGUUGGUGUCUAUCUCGUCGCCCUCAUCGCCGCCCAGACGGCGCAGAUCGCUGGAAGUUACUGGCUCAAGAACUGGGCCGAGAGAAACACCGAGGCCGGCCGCAACCCCGAUGUUGGCAAGUACAUCGGCAUCUACUUCGUGUUCGGCAUCGGCGCUGCCGCCCUGACCGUCGUGCAGACCCUCAUUCUUUGGAUCUUUUGCUCCAUCGAGGCAUCGCGCAAGUUACACGAGAGGAUGGCGACGGCAAUUUUCAGAUCGCCCAUGUCGUUUUUCGACGUUACACCGGCCGGCCGCAUCCUGAACAGAUUCUCGAGCGACAUCUACCGUGUCGACGAAGUACUUGCCCGGACGUUCAACAUGUUGUUUACCAAUCUAGCCAGGUCGGGCUUUACGCUCGUCGUCAUCUCGGUCACGGUACCCCCCUUUGUCGCCUUGAUCAUUCCGUUGGGCGCCAUGUACAUCUGGAUUCAGCGAUAUUACCUGCGGUCAUCCCGAGAGCUCAAGCGAUUGGACAGCGUCAGCCGCAGCCCAAUCUAUGCCCACUUCCAGGAAUCCCUUGGCGGCAUCUCGACCAUCCGCGCAUACCGUCAGCAAGACCGAUUCGAGCUCGAGAAUGAGUGGCGGGUGGAUUCCAACCUUCGGGCCUACUUCCCGUCCAUCAGCGCCAAUCGGUGGCUGGCGGUGCGGCUCGAGUUCAUAGGCGCCGUGGUUAUUCUGGCCGCUGCCGGCUUUGCCGUCAUCUUGGUGGCCAGCGGCACUCCCCUGAGCGAGGGCAUGGUUGGCUUGGCCCUCUCUUACGGCUUGCAGAUCACCACGUCCCUGAACUGGAUCGUCCGUCAGACGGUCGAGGUGGAGACCAACAUCGUAUCUGUAGAGCGUGUGCUUGAAUACGCGCGGCUGCCCAGCGAGGCGCCCGAGAUCAUCCAUCGCAGCCGGCCGCCCGUCAGCUGGCCGUCGCGUGGCGAGGUUCAGUUCAUCAAUUACAGCGCGCGGUACCGUGAGGGCCUCGAUCUCGUGCUCAAGAAUAUCAACCUGGAUAUUAAGUCGCACGAGAAGAUUGGCGUUGUGGGACGGACCGGAGCAGGCAAGUCCUCGCUGACCCUGGCCCUGUUCCGCAUCGUCGAACCAGCUACGGGCAACAUCAGCCUCGACGGGCUCAACACGUCGACCAUCGGCCUUCUGGAUCUCCGCAGGCGCUUGGCCAUCAUUCCUCAGGACGCCGCGCUCUUCGAAGGAACUAUUCGGGACAACUUGGAUCCAGCCCAUGUCCACGACGACACGGAGCUUUGGAGUGUUCUUGAACACGCUCGGUUAAAAGAUCACGUCUCUUCGAUGGAGGGUGGGUUGGAGGCCAAGAUACACGAAGGAGCGACUCCGUUCUCCGCUGUCGUCAUACUCCCCACAUUUACGGUUCACAACUUGCCGCACCAAGUGGUUACGCCUCGAAGAUCGAAUCUUUCCCAGGGCCAACGCCAACUCGUCUCGCUCGCCCGCGCGAUGCUCACCCCGUCCAACAUCCUGGUUCUCGACGAGGCGACCGCCGCCGUCGACGUCCAGACGGACGCCAUGUUGCAGAACACCCUGCGCGGGCCGCUGUUCGCCAACCGCACCAUCAUCACGGUGGCGCACCGCAUCAAUACCAUCAUGGACAGCGACCGCAUCGUGGUGCUUGAGAAAGGGGAGGUGGUCGAGUUUGAUACGCCGGCGGAACUUCUCAAGAGGAAAGGGGUGUUUUGGGGGUUGGUGAGGGAGGCUGGCUUGUUGGAGGAGCAGUAGAGCGUGCUUUGGAGAUAUUGUCCGGGACUCUUGGGGGCCUUGGCCCGAGGGUUGUAUCUGGGAUCAAGGGAUUGUUUACAGGGAGAUCGUUGUAGGGGGAAGAACGAGGCUGUUGUGAAGGAGGGACUUAAAUGGUGAGAGAAGGAAGUGGAGAAUCUAAAAACGGAGGGAUGAUGAUGAGUUCAAUGUACUCUAGACGGGACGGGUCGAUAUCUGUGUACUGGAUUGGAGGUCAGUGUAGUAUAGCAAAUGGCCGCUUUGGAUUGUAUAUGGCUGGUGGAAUAACAAUCAAGAAGUGCUCUACGCAACCGC